AUGUCGGGCGUCCGGGGGAAGUGGGGCAUCAAAGACCUGGCGGAGGCGGAGAAGUCUCGAGCCAAGGUGGAGAGCCUGGCGGAGCAGCCGCUGAAGAUCACUGCCACCGGCAGCCUGGAGACCCACGACCGCCAGGUCUUUGUGGAUGGAGCCAGGAUCACCAAGGCCCACACCGACGUGACCAACAUCCGGUGCUGGAACGGGUAUGUCCACUUCCUGGACCGACCACUGAUCCCGAGGUUCACGAAUAUGGACCAGAAUCUAAGGUUCUAUAAGAUUCCGGACUGUUGGGGAUACAACCUGGGUCCACCGCUGCAAGCACGCUCGCCCGAAGACCCGCGGGAGAAGGACAAGCGCGAGCGCGAUGAGCUUCAUGAGCGGCUCAUGGAGAAGGAGCGGCUCAACAAGAAGCGCGUGGGCCCCGGCGCCGCCGGCGCCGCUGAGCCGCAGAACCAAAAGACCUUCGAGUUCAAGUCGGAGGAGGAUCGUCGGGAUGCCAUCGAGCACAUCCGCCAGACCGCGCGCCGAAAGUACCUGGGCGAGCGAGAGGUGAAGAUCUCGGAUUUGCGGGGCAGGCAGGUGAGCGACGCGGAGUGGCUCAUGCAGGGUGAGAAGAUCUCGGAGGCGGAGCAGCAGUACCUCAAGCUGGAACGGCAGCUCUACGACGUCACAAAGCAGCGGAUGGAGGAGCGUGGCAUCGAGCGGGCGGUUGGCUACAACAUGCCAGAUGUCUACGAUGAUGAGGAGAACGCGGCAGGGCAGAACAAGCGCUUCGCCGUCUUAGAGCAGCGGUACCAGCAGACCUACGACGAGAAGUGGCAGCCCAACGAGGAGCAGCGCCUGGAGGAUGCCACGGUGUCCAAAGCCGUGUCCAAGUACGGCGCACAGAAAGGCCGCAAAGAGCUCAAGGACAAGACGCAGUACGAGCUCAUCUUAGAGGACGCCGUGGAGUUCGGGGAAGCGGAGGUGGUUGGCGGCAACUUCAAGGCGCCACCCUUGGAGGCUGCGGGCAAAGCAUCGGACUCGGAGGACGAGCAGGACAUGAACGUCCCGAAGGCGGUGCGUGACGAUCGGAUGUUCAAGAAGAUGCGGAAGGAGGCAGAUCGGUUGCUCAAGGAUCGCAAGUCCUUGCCGGUGUACCUCUACAAGGCGCCGCUUUUGGAGGCGGUGCGGGACUACCAGGUUUUGAUCAUUGUGGGCGAAACUGGUAGCGGCAAGACUACGCAGAUCCCGCAGUACCUCCACGAAGUGGGCUACUCGAAGAUCGGCAAGAUCGGGUGCACUCAGCCACGACGAGUGGCCGCGAUGUCAGUGGCUGCCCGCGUGGCUACGGAGUACGGUUGCAAGGUGGGCCACGAGGUGGGCUACAAUAUCCGUUUCGAGGACUGCACCACGGACCGCACGAUCAUUGAGUACAUGACAGACGGCAUGCUGCUCCGCCAAUUCUUGAACGAGCCUGACAUGGCCUCCUACUCCGUCAUGAUGAUCGAUGAGGCGCACGAGCGGACUUUGCACACAGACGUGCUCUUUGGCUUGGUCAAAGAUGUUGCGCGUUUCCGGCAAGACCUGAAGCUGAUUAUCUCCUCUGCCACCCUGGACGCGGAGAAGUUCUCGGAGUACUUCGACAAUGCGCCCAUCUUCAACGUACCUGGCCGCAGGUUCCCAGUGAGUAUCCACCACACAAAGGCCCCUGAGGCGAACUACCUGGAUGCCUGCGUCAUCACUGUGCUCCAGAUUCAUCUCACGCAAGGGCCCGGGGACUGCCUCGUGUUCUUCACCGGCCAGCAGGAGAUCGAGGAGGCCAUGGAUUUGCUCAGCUUCAAGACCAGAGGCAUGGGCACGGCCGUGGGAGAGCUGCUGGUGCUACCCAUCUAUGCGAACUUGCCCACUGACAUGCAGGCCAAGAUCUUCGAGCAGACGCCCCCUGGGGCGCGCAAGGUGGUGCUUGCCACGAACAUCGCCGAGACGUCCAUCACCAUUGACAACAUUGUGUUUGUCAUCGACCCUGGCUUCUGCAAGCAGAACUCCUUCAACCCGCGGACAGGAAUGGAGUCGCUGAUCGUGGUGCCUUGCUCCAAGGCCUCUGCCAACCAGCGCGCCGGGCGCGCCGGGCGCGUCAAGCCUGGGAAGUGCUUCCGCUUGUUCACCAAGUGGUCCUUCGAGCACGAGCUGGACGACGACAACGCUCCCGAGAUCCAGCGCUCGAACCUGGGUCACGUCGUGCUGAUGCUGAAGUCCAUCGGCAUCGACGACUUGCUGCACUUUGACUUCAUGGACCCCCCGCCCCCAGAGACUUUGAUCAAGGCGCUGGAGCAGCUCUACGCGCUCAGUGCUUUGAAUGACCAGGGCGACCUCACCAAGCUUGGACGGCGCAUGGCAGAGUUCCCCAUGGACCCUCAGCAGUCCAAAUCGCUGAUCCAGGCUGACAAGUACAAGUGUGUGGACGAAGUUGUGACCAUCUGCAGCAUGCUUGGCGUGGAUGGCGCAAUCUUCUACAGACCCAAGGACAAAGGUCUCCACGCGGACAACGCGAGAAAGAACUUCCACAAGCCCGGGGGCGACCACAUGACCAUGCUCCACGUCUACAAGCAGUGGGAGGAGACGGGCUUCUCGCUGAACUGGUGCAUGGAGAACUAUCUCCAAAACAGGUCCCUGAAAAGGGCGCGGGACAUCCGAGAGCAGCUGGUGGACAUGUUGGAGAAGGUCGAGAUCGAGCAUUCCUCCAAUGUCAACGAUGUUGACGGGCAGAGGAAAGCCAUCCUCUCUGGCUUCUUCUACAACACCGCGCGGCUCCGCAAAGAUGGGUCCUACGUUACAGUGAAGCACCCACACACCGUGGAGAUCCACCCCACCUCGUCCCUCUUCGGGCAGCAGCCGAGACUCGUGUGCUACCAUGAGCUGGUGCUCACCACCAAGGAGUACAUGCGGGGCUGCAUCGAAGUCAAGCCGGAAUGGCUCCUGGAGGUAGCUCCGCACUUCUACCAGUCCAAGGACCUCGACGGCUUCAAGGGCAAGAUGCCCAAGGGUCAGGGCGCGGCCAGCGAGCGCGGGGCCAAGAAAGGUGCCGCCUCGCAGGUGCCCGAGUUGCGAAGAGUCUACACCAUCGGCACUUGGCGGGUCAGUCGCGAGGUGUAUCUGUGGCAGCUUUCCUCGUUGGAUGUCAAGUUCCUGGUAGAUAUCCGCGGCAAUCCGCGGGCGGGCCGCGAAGAGCAACUCUUCCGGGGCAAAGACUUCACCCGGGCGCUGCUGAGCAUCGGCGUUCGCUAUGAGUACUGGGGUGACAAGCUCGGGGAGGACCAGCUCACCGACGCGGAGGAGCUGCGGCGGGUGCUGAAGGGCCUCCUCGCCGCUGCGCCUAAAGGUCCCAUCUGCCUGCUGGGGCACAUGCACGAGCCCCAGAAGUGCCACCGCCUGCAGCUCUGCGAUCUGCUGCCGGCCAACUGCAAGGUGGAGCACCUCAUGUGGCAGGACCAUCGUGUCAUGAAGUCGCUGAGCCACGACGAAGCCAGCGAACUGUACCGGAACUGGGUGAACUACUUCGACGACUGCCUCGAGCAGGAGAAGCUGAAGCGGCAGCAGCGCAAGUCCUGGCGCCGGGGGAAGGAGCGUGGCGAGGCCAAGGCUCUUCCAGUGCUCAACUGGGAGAAGCUGUCGCCGGCCGAGUGGGAGGAGAAGCUGCGGGAGGGGAAGCCCUACAGGCUGCGGCUUCCUUGGGACACGGAGAUCCUGUGGUACCCCCACUUCAUGGGGGAGUCCGAGGCGGAUGCCCUGGAGGAGGAGGUCAAGGAGAAGGUCACAAUGUACCAUCCGACCUACUACUUCCAGACCCCCAGCGGGAUCACUCAGGAGACGGUGAACCGCAAGGGUCAGGCCCGGAUUUGUGACGACUUCAACUUCGGGAUUCAAUACGACAACUCCCGGGACAAGUCCCAGCUCUACGUUUCCCAGAAGAUGGAGCCCUGGACCCGCGCCCUGCUGCAGCGCGUGGAGGAUGCCAGCGAGAGCGUCUUCAACGCCAUCUGGUUCAACCACUACCGGGACGGCACGGUGACCAUCCACUGGCACACCGACGGCAACGAGGGCCUUGGCCCCGAUCCCGUCAUCGGCUCGCUGUCCAUCGGCGCCACACGGGACUUCGCCUUUAAGAGCAAGCGCGAGUGGCACGGCCAGCGGGGCCAGGAUGGCGCGAUGCACUCGGGCCUCAUCCACUUGAUGCUGCCUCUCUUCCACGGCUCUUUGUGUGUCAUGGGCAGGAACUCCCAGCGGCACUGGCUGCACGCGGUGCCAGCCAUGGAGGGCGUGCGUGCGGAAAGGUUCAACCUCACCUUCCGCUUUUGGGCCCUUGAGGGCUUCGAGACUAUCGACCAGAAGGAAGCCAAGGAGGCAGAGAUUGACCCCCCGAAGCACAAGCGCCAGUACCGGCUGCGGGUGGUCCCACGCUGCACGCGGCGCCUGGCACCGGUGAUUCUGGACUCCCCGAGCAACGCUUCUGCGCCCGUGAGCGAGAUGCUGCGGCGCCUGCAGAACCUUCUGCCCGCAGGCAUUGGCGGCAUCUCGCUGGUCAGCCGGCGAAAUGGGUCUCGAGAAGUGCUGCAGAACGAGCAGCCGCUUUUGAGCGAGCUGGAGCGGCUGGGGUAUCUGCCCAGCGGCGAGGCGUCGCCCUGCUUCGACCUGGAGCUGGAAACCGAGGCCGAGCCGGACGAGAGCUCCGGUGAGCGCGGCGAGCGGGCGGAGCUGAGUGCCCUCGCAGAGAGCGGCAGCGGCUUUGCGGAGCUGAUAGCAGAGGUGGCGCGGUCGCCUGCGGGGCCCUACUCACCACCGACGCAUCUUGAGGUGGAGGUGCCUGACGGGGGUGACUGGAUUUGGGAAGUGAUCCAGAACCUAUCUGGGAUCCAGCGGAAGAGCAAGGGCAAGGGCCGGAUCUCCCAGAUGGUCUACCACCAGACCAGCGAGUUCGUGGCUCUCUAUGUGGCGAGGCCCAAGAGCUCAAUCCACUUGGCACUCAGCUUCAAGCGGCCGCUGCGGUAUCCUGAUCUGACCUCAGGCGCUGUGUGCGGUCCUCUGCGGCGGCUGCAACUCUAUGGUCGCCUGCUGGCCGCCCACCUGCAGGUGCCCGCCGGCUGCCAGGUGGGUUUGCCACUGCGGAAGCUCGCGCAGCCCAGCCAGGCCGCGGCACAGCUGCUGAGUUGGGACCUUCGGGCCCCGGACCCCACGGAUCUCACGCGCCGCCACUUCCGGGACUUCACAGGCAGCGACCGCUUCCUCUCCCCUGGCGCCUUGGCCGAGAUGCUGGCCACCAGAUCGCCUUUGCCGGCGUCAGGGAAACCCGACACGGAGGCGCUGGCUUGCCACCGCUGCGGCCAACUCUUUGGGGACUCCAUGCGACAGCUGCUGCUGCACCUGCGGCGCUGUGAUGCCCUGCCCAAGGAGAAGGAGAAACAGCCAGCCCCAGUCGGCGACAGCGCCGUGGCGCUGUUGGAGGAGAUGGGCUUCACCUGCGGCCGCGAGGCGCUGCAGGAGCUGCUCCACCAUACAGAGGACAGCGGGCGGUCAGUGUCACGCGCGUGCCGUGUACAGGGCGCCUUCUCGGAACGUCUUCGAGCGACAGCCACCCGCGCUUCGUGAUCGG